AUGGAGUCUAUUGGAGCCAUUGCAGAGGGAGAGUGGAGUUUUCUUAGUGGAAUGCACACAAGUGAGGAGGCUGAUUUCAUGGCACAGUUGCUUGGUAACUGUCCUCCUAAUCAGGUUGAUUCAAGUUCAAACUUUGGAAUUCCAUGGAGUAGUAGUCAUAGUGGUGGUAGUAGCAUUCUUUUUCCCAACUCAAGUCAAGAAAGCUACUACCUGAGUGAAUCUCAACCAAUUUUGGCUAACAAUAAUAGCUCCAUGUCAAUGGAUUUUUGCAUGGGAGACUCAUAUCUCGUUGAAGGCGAUGAUUGCUCAAACCAAGAAAUGAGCAAUGGAAAUGUGGAGGAGUCUGGUGGAAACCAGACUGUAGCUGAUCUUGCUGAAACCAAUUUGCAGCCCAAGAGGGAAUCAGAGAUGCCAGCAUCUGAAUUACCCCAGGAAGAUAAAAGCAGCAACCCACCAGAACUUUCCAAGAAAAGAACCCGAAAUUCUGGAGAUGCACAAAAGAACAAAAGGAAUGCAAGGUCAAAGAAGAGCCAGAAGGUUGCCUCGACUAGCAACAAUGAUGAAGAAAGCAAUGCUGGCCUUAAUGGGCCCGCCUCAAGCGGUAGCUGCUCAGAGGAUGAAUCCAAUGCCUCGCAUGAGCUCAAUGGAGGAGGGAGUUCAAGCUUGAGCUCGAAAGGGACUGCAGUUCUCAACUCAAGUGGAAAAACAAGAGCCAGUAGGGGGCAGCCACUGAUCCCCAGAGCCUCUAUGCAAGGGUAA